UACGGCCCAAUGAACCCCCCUCUGUCUCCCUUCAAAAGACCACACACAGAGACCGCUCAAACUCGAAAGGCAGUCAAAUGGAGCCAUGGGUGGACUUAGCCGACGACCUUCAGAGCGUGAGCUUCACGUCCACUGGUACUACCAUCAACCGCAGCACGAGCUCAGGCUCGUCUUCCUCAGCUGCAACGCUUACUCCUGCGCCUUCUACUCACGGCUCAUUCUCUUCCUCCAAGCUCCCGCUCUCUCUCCGAUCUCUCUCCCUCUCCGACCUCUGCUUCUCGCUCCGAAUUGGCUCCGGAGACAUCGGCUCCGUCUUCCUCGCCGAGCUCAAGUCUCGUUCCUCACUCGAUUCUCCGCUUUUCGCUGCUAAGGUGAUGGACAAGAAGGAACUGCUUGGUCGCAGCAAAGAAGGCAGAGCCAGGACAGAGAGGGAAAUACUCGAAAUGUUAGACCAUCCUUUCUUGCCGACUCUCUACGCUUCCAUCGACAACUCGAAAUAUCUCUGUUUGUUAACGGAGUUCUGCCCCGGCGGAGACCUCCACGUCCUCCGUCAAAAACAACCGCUCAAGCGUUUCCACGAAUCCGCCGUCAGAUUCUACGCAUCUGAAGUGGUGGUAGCCUUAGAAUACCUCCACAUGUUAGGGAUUGUUUACCGUGAUUUAAAGCCUGAAAAUGUGCUGGUAAGAUCAGAUGGUCACAUUAUGCUCACAGAUUUUGACCUCUCGUUAAAAUGUGAUGAUUCCACGGCUACACCUCAGAUCAUAUCCGACCAGAAACCUGCACUUGCACCCUUGCAAGGCGACCACCCAAUUGACCAUCCUCCUUUCACGUCCUCUUCCUGCAUUAUUCCAAACUGCAUUGUCCCUGCAGUGUCUUGCUUCCACCCGAAACGCAAACGCAAGAAGAAGACAGAUCCCCGUGCUGGGCCUGAGUUUGUGGCUGAGCCCGUUGAUGUCCGGUCUAUGUCUUUUGUUGGGACCCAUGAGUACUUAGCACCGGAGAUCGUAUCCGGCGAGGGUCAUGGCAGUCCUGUAGACUGGUGGACACUAGGAAUAUUUAUUUACGAGCUGUUUUAUGGGGUGACACCCUUCAAAGGUAUAGACCAUGAUCUUACUUUAGCUAACAUUGUUGCUAGAGCCCUAGAAUUCCCAAAAGAUCCGGCCAUACCGGCUGCGGCCAAAGACCUGAUUUCUCAAUUGCUGGUUAAAGAUCCGGCAAGACGGCUAGGGUCCACAACUGGGUCCUCUGCCAUCAAGCACCAUCCUUUCUUCCAAGGGAUUAAUUGGGCAUUAUUGAGAUGUACAACCCCACCAUAUGUCCCUCCACCCUUUAGUAAAGAGAUUGUAUCAGAUGAAAGUUGUCCCCAGACUCCUGUGGAAUAUUAUUAAUGAAGUGGGAAAUGAAGGAUUAAUAACAAACAAAGUUGUUAGGGCA